AUCUCCACAUCCUGGACGGACACUUUACAUAACCCCUACUAGCCUCGCCCUCCGAGCCUAAUCCCCACCCACCCUGCCUAUUAAAGCCACCUAGCUCUUCAACCUCCAUGCAAACCAACAUACGCUACUGAAACCCAAAAGACUAAAAAGACUAAAGAGAAAUAGCUAGCUAACUAUUCCUGAUCUUUCUCUUCUGGUGCUGUAUAUUUUAAUUCCAAUCUCAUCAAUUCACCCCCCCCCCCCCCCCCCCAUUUGUAAGUUGCUUCAGUUUGUUCCUGGAAAUUGGUUUAACUUUUAUAAAUGUUCUGUUAUGUUAGCCUUUUUUUUUUUUUUUUUUUUCCCCUAAGGUAAAUGUUCUCUUAGUAAGGUUGCUUGUGUGUUGGAGAGAAAAAGAGAGUAUUUGUGCCGUCCUGGUUUUCCAAACCCACUUAUUUGCUUCGAGAGGUUGGCGUUUUGGUUGAGAACCUCACAAAAGCUGAUCGAGUUAAGCCAGCAUCUUCAUCUUAUAUAUAUAAAUGGCCAACUCUUACUUGCGUGACUUAGAAGCAGCAGAAGUGGUAGAGUGUAGAAUAUGCCAAGACGAGGACUCCAUGUCUAACAUGGAAGCUCCUUGCGCCUGCUCAGGCUCCCUCAGGUUCGCUCAUAGGGCCUGUAUUCAAGAAUGGUGCAAUGAGAAAAGAGAUACAAUGUGCGAAAUAUGCAACCACCCAUUUUCGCCAGGAUACUCAGCCCCACAACCAUCCGAUGGUAGCUCUUUUGGAAUGAUCAGAAGAAGUCGGUCAGUUCCUGGAACAGUCAGAGAAGCAGAGACGCUGGCUAGAAUUCAAAUGGAGUUAUUAGCUGAGCAAAGCCUCCAAGAGGCUGAUGAGCCAGAAAGGGGUCGAAGCAGCUUCUGGCGAAAGGGCUCUCUAAUAUGGACUGCUAUAUAUUUAUUGUUGGUGGCAGCAGAGUUAGGAGGCCUUGUUUACUUAAAGUUCAGGCUCAACUCUGGCGAACCAAUGGCUCAUCCUCCAUGUACCUUGAGGUGUUUCUCGUAAUAUAUAGUGAAGAGAUGUUAGAUUAUGGUGUUCAAAGCGGGCCCGUUGGAUAGCGACCACAUCAAGUUAAGUGGGAUUUUGGAUUCAUGGGGUCCACCGAAAAGUACAGUGCAGGCGUUGUCCAUAUUAGCUCUUUAACUUUCCUCGCCACUCCUCAACUUAUAUGGUGCUUGUAUUUACUCAAUUCUUUAUUGGCUCAAUCCCUUUGCAUGUAUGUCUUCUCUUAUGGAACCAUUUUAUACAUGUAAACAUAUAUUUCUUUUUUUUUUUUUUUUCCCCUGUCAAC